AUGGAUAUGAACUUUGGAUUUUGCAAUGACUCCUUUUUCGAACAAGGAAACAGAUCAACUGAUAAGGAAGAUAUAGAAGAAUUGAAAAAAAGCGAAUCAAACGAAAUAACAAAAAAAAAUAAUGAAUUUGGUGAAGAAAAAGAAUUACCGAAAGAAUUAUGUAUACCAGUUACAAUUAAAUUAUUAUUAAAUAAAAUGAUGAAUCAUGAAGAAUUUAAAAUCCAUGAUUUCCAAAUUAGUGGUAUUAUAGUAUUUGGAAAGGUAUGUAAUAUCAAAGAAUUGGCUAGUGCAAUAAUUUUUGAAAUAUGUGAUUAUACUGGAAACAUUGAAGCAAAAUAUAAUAAAGAUGCCAAAAAUGAAAAAGUUAAGGAGCACAUUGAAAAUAUAAAAAUAAAUGAUCACAUAAAAGUAGUAGGAGUUGUUUAUUCCCCUGAAAGUAAAACAGAACAAGUGCAAAUAAGUAUUUCUUACAUUAACAAGGUAGAUGACUGGGUAUCUUAUUUUUCAUAUUUCACUUCAGAUGUAAUAUAUUGUUAUUUAAAGCUAUUAAAAUUAAAAAAUAUUUAUGCUCCCAAUGGAAUUAAUAAUGAAGAUAAGCCUUGGUCACACAUAACCCUAGACACAUAUUAUAAUCAAUUAGAUGAUAUUGACACGGAUAUUAUAAAAUAUCUCCACACGACAGCUGAGAAAUAUGCAAAUCAGCAGGAUAUCUUUGAACACUUAAAAAAAUAUCAUUCAGAAAUGAAUAUAAAAAAAUCCUUAACUAAGCUUAUCGAGCAAUACGACUUGGCCCAGUAUGAAGACAUCAUAAGUAUACCCUAA